ACCGCGUGUACCCAAUAGUCAGAUCUUCCGAGCAAACGUGAAAACUCCGAAAAGAAGACUUUGAUUUUUUCUAAUUCCAUCUCAGGACUGCUUUUCCUUCCCUCCCGAUAUUCCCCUCCCUUGCGACUUACCUCAACCUCUAACCAACUUCGCAAAUGGAUUACGAUUUCAGGAGCAGAACAGGUCCACCAUACAACGCCCAAAUCCCGACGUACCGGCAACAACCCAUUUCAUCAUCAUCAUCAUCCAUGCCAUCUAGCCAUCCGAUGUACGGACCUUCAUUGUACCCAAAGAUCGGUCAACCCGCUCACACCGUAGUCCCUCCCGCACCGCACACCUCCGUUUUCCGCCAGACCUCUUCUCCUUCCUCCUCCUCUGGCUUGGGAAUUAGGGUUGCUUUGAAACCUGAAUAUCGGAUUACUCCUCCGCCUAUGUUGUCGCCGCAAGUUGGGGAUAUUCCUCGAAGCAAUUUCCAGUUUGAUUUCGAGUUUGAGAGGAAAAUCUUGGCUGAAGCAGACAAGGAAAGCAUGAAUUGGAGCAGGCUUGGCUUGGAAAACCUUCCUUCGAAACCUAUCGAAUCAACUUCUUCAUCGGGUUCAAAUUCCGAUCCUGUGGUGAGCAAAUACAUUGCUUCUGGGCUCAGCCGAGACGCUGUUACGGUUGCAGUUGCAAAUUAUGGAGACAAUCCGACCAAGGUUCGGGAAUUUGUCAAUGGUUUCAACCUACUGCGAGAAAUGGGAUUCUCAUCAAACAAUGUUGCUGAAGCCUUAAUCAUGUAUGACAAUGAUACAGACAAGGCAUUGGCACAUUUCCUUAACAGCUCAUCAUGAGGAUUAUACAAACUUAAAUAGUUUUUAUGUGAGUGAAAACUGGAGUGAUUAUGUGAUACCAUUAUUUUUUGUGUGUUUUUCUCUGCUUUGAAACAGAUUGUACAAAUAUUCAUUCUAUGAUAUUUUGUCCCCUCUAAUAAAAGAAAAAAUUAUUAUUAUCA